CUGGAUAAUUUCUGAGCAGUCGAAAUUGGCUUUAGUAUUGUAUUGUCUUUAAUUUUUAAAAUGAUAAAGUUUAUGUUUCUAAUUUUCACACUGAGUCCUAUAAUAGCUCAAAUUAUACAACUGGAGCCCUCGCAAGGAAUACUCAUACCAGCUCCACUAGCACAAUCAGUGCGAAUUAGUCGGUCAUCUUAUUCCCCUCCUUCACCUCCUGCAGCAUAUGGCGGUGGUUCUGCAUCUUCAUAUACGAAGCCUGCACCUGCCCCUGUUCAAUCAUAUAAACCGUCUUCGAUUCCAGCACCACCAUGCCCAAGGAAUUAUUUAUUUAGUUGUCAGCCGUCGUUAGCACCAGCUCCGUGUGCAGCUCCUGUACCUUCACCAUCUUACUCCGCUCCAGCCCCAGCUGCACCCAGCGCAUCUUAUGGCUCACCACAAGGCGCAUACUCACAUAUCAUCCCCCAAUAUUCUUUUGCUGUGCCAGUUGUCAAGGAGCUAUUUUGAAUACAUUUUGAAAUAAUGUUUAGUUAUUAAGAUUUUUAUACAGAAUUUAAAAUAAUAAACACGCAACAUAUAUGUACAUACAUAUACUAUAUA